ACCAAGAUGGCGCUGUCGAAUGGAUGUGCAUGUAGGAUCGGACCUUCUAUAUUGAAUGCCGAUCUCUCGGACCUGGCCUCUGAAUGUCAACGGUUCAUGAAUUGUGGAUCUGACUAUAUGCAUCUUGAUGUGAUGGACGGUCAUUUUGUGCCCAAUCUGACAUUCGGUCAUCCCGUGGUGGAAUGUUUGAGGCCGAAACUGCCUGGAGUUUUCUUUGAGAUGCACAUGAUGGUCUCCGAUCCUGAAAAGUGGGUGUCGUCUAUGGCUGAUGCUGGAGCAGACAUGUACUCCUUCCACCUGGAGGCAGCUGAGGAUCCAGGAAGAUGUAUCAGGAUGAUUAAGGAGGCCGGAAUGAAGGUGGGUCUGGCCAUUAACCCCCCGACCGGUGUAGAUGGUGUGCUGCCUUAUAUGGACAUGGUGGAUCUUGUGCUCGUCAUGACCGUCAACCCCGGCUUUGGGGGACAGAAGUUUAUGGGGGAAUGUUUGUCAAAGGUGCAGUUCCUGCGUGAAAAGUCCCGGAGCCUGGACAUCGAGGUUGACGGUGGCGUGGGUCCCAGCACCAUCCAGCAGUGUGCCGAGGCAGGGGCAAAUGUCAUCAUUUCAGGAAGUGGCAUCAUCAAAAGUGACAAUCCAAGGGAGACAAUCAGCUACAUGCGCCACAUAGUGGAUGAAGUGCUCAGAAAGCAUCACUGGAGCGAUGAUCUCUUGCAUGUGCUUGUUGUUAAUCCAUGUCAUAGGAAGGUGUAAGCCACAUCUUUACAUGAUGUUGGCUUGUUUGUCGGAGGAAUUUUUUUAAUGUCACAUGGUAUCAAGCCCAUAUUUUAUGCUGACGUUAAGCGUUAAACUGCA